AUGUUCGAACUAGAGUUGGUUGCAAGGGAAAAGGGCAAGGACACGACGACAUCCGACGCCUUGUCACUAAUGAAAAGGAUUCUAGAGAGCCUGAGCGAGAUUGUGGAGACGGCAGACAUAAAGGCCACCGAGAAGGGGCUGUCCAUCCAGGUGAUGGAUGUGACACAUGUAGCUUUUGCAGAUAUUUUUCUGUCGUCAACGAUGUUUACAAAGUACCGGUGUGACAGGGAGCUUGUGAUUGGGGUCCAGCUCAAGACGCUUAUCAAGAUAAUCAAAGGAAUGAGCGUCGAGGGGGGAGGGACAUUCCGGAUGGAGUGUGAUGAUGCAACGACGAAUCUGAACAUCCGGAACACCAGAGAGGGGAAUGUUCUCAGCUUUAAGCUGAAGCUCUUUACCUCGGACUCUGAGGCCUAUAACAUUCCAGAGUUUGACUUUGAUGCAUCUGCGACCAUACCUGCAGAUGAGUUUAUGUAUGUCCCAAAACUUGUGGGGACGUUUGGAGAUGUAGUUGGUGUACAGGCAGAGGGCAAGACACUGAUGUUCUUCCAGACUGGCGAGCAUGCAGAUGCAUCGAUGAGCUUUGAGGAAUGCCCUGCUCGGGAAGAACUGAAGAUCGAGGCCAACACACUUAUAACCCAAGAGAUUGCGAUGAAAUAUGUCAAUCUGAUUGGCAAGGUUGUGCCACUCUGCAAGGAGGUGAAGAUAUUUCUGGGGACAAAGAAGCCUGUCUUCUUCAAUCUCUGCAUGGACGGGGUUUCUCACAUGAAGCUUUAUGUAGCUCCCAAGUUCGAGAAUGACUAUUAA